AUGCUUUCGGCGCCUGUUAUAGCUACACUGGCCUUGUUGCUUCUAGUAAGUACAGCAGUGAAAGCUGCAGAAGUCUUUGCUGGAUGUUUCAAUCCUUCGGUAAUCGAUACGAACAGAAUCUUCGCUAGAUCAUACGUAUCCAGCUCAAUCACCUGUCCCGAAGUAUGCAGACGAUUAUCUAGCCCUCAAGAUACCUAUGCGUAUUCUAGGGCAUCGACCGUUCAACCUAAUACAAGUUUAUGUUGGUGUAAUACCAUUCAACCUAAUGCUAGUCACUUGAUAGCGGAUACUUCAUGUCCUUAUCCCAACUUAUCUGCCGAGCUCAUCCACCCACCAGCCAAGUGGGGAUGGUACAAAUGUUUCGAUUUCCUCUCGCAAGGCCCUGCUGCCAACUUCACAGUCCAAUCCCUUCCAGAGUGUCUCACAGCAUGCUCAGCAUAUCCGAAUGCCUAUUUCAGUUAUUUGGAUGAUUCCAACAGACUCUCUUGCGCAUGUUAUCAACGUGGACCACCAUUUACGAUUGAUCAGUUUUCGAGUGCAUCGAUACCGAUACCGAGCUGGAGUCCUGUGGAGGGUGCAUAUAUGGAGAGGUAG